GCCGGGCCCGCCGCCUCCGCCCGCCCGCCGGGCGCCCCCCGACUCCCCGGAGCUGCAGCUGGACGAGAUGCUGUACUUGCAGCGCUUGGCCGAGGAGCAGCCCUGCUGCUGCCGGGGGUUGAUCCUCACCGUCACGCUGUUGCUGUCCCCGCUGGAGUCGCAGCUCACCUCGGUGCUGUGGUGAUGCAGCAGCUGCUGGUGCGGCGGGGAAGCCAUGUUGUCGGUGCCUCCCGAAGAGCUCCUCCGCGUCGGAUCCUUCGGGGCCGGGAGCACGGACGGCCGCCGAGGCCGCCGCUCAGUUUCCCGCCCCGGGCAGCGCCGCGGGGCUCCGCCGCCGGCCGGGCACGGCACGCAGCGCUGGGGGCCGCGGGCAGCCCCGCAUAGUCCCGCCGCCUCGCACGCCUCCGGGCGCCCCGCGGGGCCGCCGCCCGCCGCCCGCUGCCGGGGCGGGGCGGGACGGACGGCCGCUCAGCGCCGCGGAGGGGCCGCCGGGCCCCCGCCGGGAGGGGCGCGCUCCUCCAUGUCGGCCGCCGCCGGUUCCUCCCCGCGCCAACGGCCGCCGUGCGGGCAGCGCUCCCCUCGCGGCCGGGCCGGCCCCCCCCUCCUCCUCCUCCUCCUCCUCCUCCCUCCCCUGCUCCGCCGCGCCGCCUCCGCCCGCCGGGACGGCCCCGCCGCCGGGCCUCGGGCCCCGCAACCGCGCGUUCCUGGCGCCGCGGGCGGCGAGCGAGCGCCUCUGGGCGGACCCUCCGCCGCCGCGGGGCCGCCGCCGCGCUGCCCUCCCGCGGGGUGGUGCCGCGCCGCCGCCGGGAGCCGCGGAGCGGAGCGGAGCGGGGCGGGAGGAGGAGGAGGCGGCGGGCGGGGGCGCUCGCUCAGGCGCGGCGGAGCGCGGCGCGGGCGGACACCAUCUUCCGCCGGCGGCUGUCACGGGCUGCGGGCGGCGCGCGGGGCUCCGCGGGGCCGCGCUGAGCUAACGGGGCGGGGAAGGCGCGCGGCGCGGCCCUCCGGCCCGCCCGCCGUCCUGCCUGCCGCUAUCGGGGCCGCGCCCCGCGCCGCGCUAUCUCUUCCUCCCAGGCGCUGCCCUCCGCCCCGUCCCGCACGGCCGUACACCGCUCCCUCGGGAGCGCGCGGCGCUGGGACCGCAGCCCGCGGUCCUUAAUAAACAGCCGAGCGACGGUGCGGAACGUGCUGCGUUCUUCUGGAGCGCGUUCCCGUCUCCUGACGCGCUCGGACGCCGAGGCGAUCCGCGGCCGAGGAGAGUCCCGUCGGUAGCGGACGUUGUAUGGUUCGGCCGUGCCGUCCCGGCUGAGCCGAGCGGGGCGGUGUCACUGCGGCCUCCCCCGGGGCUGCUGCCCAUGCACCCAAACGUGCUCGCAGUGACCUCGCGAAGGAGUCCUGAAGUGUGCGGGCAGGAAGAGGGCAACUGGGAAAUCGUGAGAGCCCUUACGGCUGCUGGGUGCCUCAGGGCGGCGUUGGGAAGAACGCGGCGUGAGUUUUCUUCCAGGCAGGGGCAGCUCGAGUGUGUUCACCCCGUACGCAUGAAGAGGAGACUCAGAAGCAACAGAAAUGUGCCUUGUUCCCCCUGUGCUCCAUAAAGUGGGACUUUGUGUGUGCUGGGAGCAAACAGAAUCACAUCAAAGUUGCUGCAUCCAUCACAAGUUCUAACCGGAGUGACCCACAUGAUCCCAGGUUUUGGUCACUCGCUGCUCAGAGGCUGCUUUUGAUCUCCGCUAAUGAAGCCAUCUCCUCAUCCCCAGCUUUCACAUAUCGGCUUGGAGGACAGUGAGAUGGGAUAAAGUGGGACCGAGGAGACACCGGGCUGGUCCAACCCCUCUGGGGAGCUUCAGGAUUGCUCAGUGUGCUCUGCCCCGAGGAAGCUCGGCUGUCUGAGUAUAUUUAUUUCUUUUAAACCCAUGCCACUAAGCCCGUGUAUUUAGUCUAUAGUAUUCGAUUUACUUCCCUUCUCAGAGGCACAGCUUUGUCAGCUCUCCUGAUGAGCUUUUGUUUGACAUUCAUAAUAUUGUACUUCGCUGCUUAUCUGGUGGAGCUGUGCGGAACCGUCGGGGGGGGGGGGGGGGG